AUGUCCUACCCGCCUCCUCCAGGCUCGAGCACCUCGUCCCUCCCGCCGCGCCCGCCGCCGUCGAGGGCCUCCGGCUUCAAGCCCGCCUUCUCCUCCGCGCACGCGCACGCGCACGCCUCCGCCCCCGGCACCAGCGCCGCGCCCUACGCCGCCUCGAGCUAUGCCGGCGCCCCCAGCUCCGCCGGCGCCGUGCAGUACGGCGCCGCCGUCCCGCCGCCGUCCUCGUCUUCGUACCAGCCGUACGCGCGGUCGGGGCCCGUGACCGGCGGCGGCUACCAGCGCCACCAGUCGCACCACCAGUCGCACCACCAACACCACCCACCACCACCAACGAACCCCUACCACCACUACCCGGGCGGACAGCCGUCGCUGCAGGGCUACCAGCAGGGCUACUACGGGGCGCCGCCGGCCCAGGGGCCCGGCGUGACCGCCGCCCCGCCGACGUCGUACGGCGCGCCGCCGCAGAUCCGCAACCCCUUCCCGGCGCCGGCCCAGCCGAAGAACGACGACUACGACCCGGACAUGGCGGCGCAGAUCGCGCAGUGGCAGAGCGCUUACGUUAAGGACCCGAGCAAGGAGGCCACCGGCGCCAUCGCAGGGACCGGCGCUGCGGUGGGCGGGCGGGCGGGCGGGGGCGGCGCCAACGGCGCAGUGCCGAUGACGUACGGCGGCGACCCGAACGCGGGCGGCGCAGGCCCCGCGGCGGCGGCGGCAGCGGCGGCAGCGACGGCAGCAGCGACGGCGGGCGGCGCGGCCUCGGCGGCGGGCGGCCCGCCGGACAAGAAGAAGACGGUGGUGCGGGCGGGCGGGGGCCAGAACUGGACGGACGACACGCUGCUGGAGUGGGACCCGUCGCACCUGCGGCUGUUCGUGGGGAACCUGGCGGGGGAGACGACGGACGAGUCGCUGUACAAGGCGUUCUCGCAGUGGCGGUCGCUGCAGAAGGCGCGGGUGAUCCGGGACAAGGUGACGAGCAAGUCGCGGGGGUACGGGUUCGUGUCGUUCAGCGACCCGGACGAGUUCUUCUCGGCGGCCAAGGAGAUGAACGGCAAGUACAUCCAGAGCCACCCGGUGGUGGUGCGCAAGAGCACGACCGAGAUCAAGCCGACCGUCGUCCGCACCGGCCACGGCGCCGGCCGCAACAGCCACAACAAGAACAAGAACAAGAACAAGAACCGCGGCAACGGGGCCGGAAGCGGCGGCGCCGCCGGAGGCGCAGGGACAGGUGCCCACGAGCCCCAUCUCGGGCCCGCCGGCGGCGGCGUCCACAAGCCCGGACAGAAGACGAAGGGCGGGCUGAGGCUGCUGGGCUGA